CCUUCGAUCACUAUCCAGCCCAAGUUAUAAUAACCCAACAAUUCAAUUUGAAACCACCAUGGCCAGUGCGAUGGCGAUGGCAUCCUCCAGUAUCCUCGAAGUACCUCUCAACAACAACACUGAAUCCCUCGAGCUAGAUCUGGCUGAAUUCUGCGGUGGAGAAGGCUCAGUAGAGGAGAUCGUCGGGAUCUUUUUGCAGGAGAAACUACCUGCCAAGUUCUGGACAAGGGCUGCGAUGGAAUACUGGAAACGUGAUUUGAAGCAAGAUGCGAUCUCAUUAGCAAAUCAAGGACUUCAAGCCCUACGGGAUCAGGACAGGCCAUCCGAAUGUCUACCGCUACUCUGCCAACUUGCGACCUAUGCCAUCAAUCUCUCUCGAGGCCUUCCCACCUUGAAAUUAGAGACACCCGAAUAUGAUACCAUCCCACCGGCUCAACCGACUGCUGACGAGACGCUGGAAAAGGCUGCCCACUAUAUCAAUGAAGCUUCUAGGAUUGACUCCAGGAACCCUCUCGUUUUGGAUGCCCGAGCUACCUUGUACUUGGCACAAAAAAAUUAUGAUCAGGCCUUGACAGCGUGUGAAGAAAUCCUCAAAGAGCGUCCAACCCAUCUACCCGCAUUACUGGGGAAAGCCAGGGUUUUAUUUCAUCGCAAGUUCUUCCGGCCAGCGUUAAAAUUAUACCAGCAAGUUUUAAAACUAGCCCCCCAUGUCUUACCUGACCCACGAAUUGGCAUCGGAUCUUGUUUCUGGUUUCUGGGUGAUCAGAAACUUGCUCGACAAGCUUGGGAGAGAAGUCUUGUAGUGAAUCCUGGAAAAGCAUCCCAAGGCGCCCGGCUACUCCUCGGUCUAUCUCAUUUCCAAGCAUCCAAAGAUAUCCAUCUCCCCGAUGAAGCCCAAUUUGCUGCCUACCAGAAAGCUAUUUCCGACGUGCAGGCAGUGUUUAAGAUGGAUCGAAACAAUGCUGCAGCUGCUGCCGUCCUAGCCAGUCACCUCUUGACAGCUAACAAUUGGACAACGGCUACCAAAAUGGCUGAGCGAGCAGUGCAAUAUGCCAACACAGCUUCAACCGCAGUAGAAGCUCGCUUGGUUCUUGCGAGGGCUUUCCACGCACAAGGCAAGCUCAACGAGGCUAUGAGGGAAUACAGAGCCGCUGCUCCUCCCGAACGUUCCGUCCUGACUUCGAUUCUGGGUGUCGCUCAAAUUCUUGUUGCCCGAAAUGAGUUUGGUAUUGCCAUCAAUAUGUUUGAAAACGUUGUACGGAGACAACCUAGAUGUAUAGAAGCUUUGGCCAACCUAGCUGCACUCCGAACACAUUUGGCUUUCACUUCCAGCUCUUCAACCGAAGCUAGUUCUGAAAAAACGAAGGCAAAAGAAUUGCAUGAACAAAUCACACGUUUGUUUGCUACUCGAGUCAAAAACCACUCGAUGAAACCGGAUGACGAAGGUAUGAUGCCUCCCCGAAUUCGAGAAGUGGCUAGCGACCCAGAUCUGUAUAUAGAGAUUGCUCGACUAUCAAGUGAUACAGACAUCAAUCGUUCCCUCAAAGCUUACCGACAGUCACUAACGGUACGAGAAGAUUUAGGCAAACCUAUCCCGGCGAUGUUGUUGAAUAACAUUGGUGUUUUGGAAUGGAAAAAUGGACAUCUUACCGAAGCUCAAGAACGAAUCGAAAGCGCGUUAGCUGCCACAGCUAGUGCAGUUGUUGGUGACGAGACCGAAAGGGAAAUCAAUGAGCGGACUGCUGUUUGUAUGCUCUUCAAUCUUGGGGUGAUCUGUGAACAAGCAAAGGAUAAAGCAAAAGCCAAAGAUAUCUACGAACGCAUCUUACUUCGGCAUCCCGAAUAUGUUGAUGCCAAAGCUCGCUUGGCACUCAUGUAUCUAUCGGAAAAGAACUACGACAAGACCAAUGCUCUCCUCAAGGAAGCCCUGACUUCACAGACAGGCAAUGGCGAACUCAGGGCGCUUUAUACAUAUUUUUUGAUCGAGUCUAAUCAAAUCAAACAAGCUCGAGAUUUUACUGUUGCGACCCUCAAAGACCACGAUAAAUCAGAUGUCUACGCCCUAUGUGCAUCAGGUGCAUUACUUUACACCCAAGCUAGAGAAAAUAAGGCAAUUGGACCCGAAGCAAGUUUAGAUCGAGCCACAUUGCAACUCGAUCCUCAGUGUGCAUUUGCGGCUCAAGGCCUUGCGAUCGCCCUUGCCGAGCACGUCAUCUCUCCUAGUAAUGUCAACGCACCCAGUUCCAACGGAGCAUUUGCCCCCGACGCUAGCAAUGUCAGGGCCAAAAAUCUUCGCGACUCUAUCACUAUCCUGACUAAAGUUAGGGAGGCGCACAACGAUGGAAGUGUAUAUGUUAACUUGGGACAUUGCCAUUAUUUACGAGACGAAUUCGAUCGCGCUAUUGAAAAUUAUUUUACUGCCUCGAAACGGUUCUAUGACGAUAAAAACGUUUUGGUCUUACUGUAUCUGGCUCGAGCAUGGUAUCAAAAAGCCAGCAAAGACCGGAGCUUUGCGGCUUUGCGCAGUGCGCUGACAUUUGUUCAAACCGCAAAAGAGCAUCAUCCGAAAGAUGGAGCGAUCGCGUUCAAUCUAGCCCUGGUGCAGCAAAAGGGAUUGGAGUUGCUAGUUGACUUGCCUCCUUCCAAACGGACGCUUGCGGAAAUCAAAACAGCUAUAGCUGAUGCUCAGCUAGCACAAGAAGCGUUCGGUGAAUUGGCUUCAAAGCCUGCAGGAACGGUACCGUUUGACAUUGACAUUGCGCAUCAACGAAAACGAUAUGGAGAAAGUCUUUUGCGGAGGACGAGCGAGUUGUCUGAAUCUCAAGAAGCUUAUGAAUCCUCUGAGAUAGCAAAAAUUGAAAGAGCUCGUCAGGAGAGAGAAAAUGAACGGCAAAGGUUGGCCGAGGCAGAGCGAUUGCGACUUGAAGAAAUAGCAGCAAAGAAUGAAGAAUUGACACGUAAGCGACAGGAGAUGCAAGAAUCUGUUGCCACUUGGUACAUCAAACAAGCCAACUCCGACAACGAGAGUGAGGAUGGAACUAAGAAGAAACGCAAAGGUGGAGGUGGAAAACGGAAAAACAAUAAAGAAACUGGGAUAACCAUUGUUCCUGAUGAUGAGGUCGAUGAGGGCUCUGAACAGGAAGAAAAGAAGCGCAAGCGUAAACGAACCAAAAAGCAAAGUAACCAAAAAGAAGAUCAAACAAACAACCGUUCCAACCGGGCGAUAUCAACCGGCGAAGAUGAGAAUUACGACUCAGAUGAUGCAAAACCUGUUAACAGAAGCUCUAAAAAGAAAUCCGGCAAAAUUUAUAAAAGUGCGGAAUUUGUUGAAGAUGAUAGUGACUGAUAAAGUCAUCACCUAGUCUCAAGCAACAUUCUAUCAAAAUUGUGAUUAUGAUGAGUUGGACUAACUUCAAUUAUCUUCCCUUCACCUACUGAUAUCCUGGUAUGUAUACAUGCACUUUAAAACAUUGCAAGAACAAAAAAAAAAGGAGAAUGGAAAUGAGCACUCAGGAAAUACAUGUUUCUGAUUAGUUCCAAGAAUGGUCCACCUGUUCAAUAAAUGCUACAUAUUCUUUUCAAGACCAAGAAUACUCCUUCCAUUCCUACAAAGCUGUAAAUAUUAUUAUAUAUGCAUAAGUAGAAAGAACUGUUAUUUUUUUUGUUAUGUGUUUAGACUAUCUUCUGAGUUAACAAGAGAUGCAAACAAAAGCAUGACAGUUAAUUUUAGUCUUUUUUUCAUUUUCUUUGUUCUUGGGCAAAAUGGAGAAUAUGCAAGGUUGGGGUGUGGGGCAGUAAAGUUGUAAUUAGAUUUCUAUAUGAUGUACUCUUUCUAGAUCUUUGUGUAGCCACUAAUCAUUAUAUGGAUAUCUUUAGGUAAUUCACAUCUGGGGCAAAGUCAACA